UUGGUCAUUAGCAUGCAUCUGUGCAUCUAUGAAUAUAGUUAUUGUAACCUCUAACCUACACUGUACUAUACCCAUUGCCCACUACUAGCCACAUGUCUGGACUAAUAAUAGCAGUCCUUGUAAUAUGGAGGACAUAAGCCCAGGAGCUUUACAAGGAGGACUCGAGCUCAUUAAAAAAAUUGAGAAAGCAAAACGUGGUGAUCUGGACGAAGGUGAGCCAAGCUCAAAACUAUUAUCAAGGAAAGAGUUCCAGUGGGAUGAUAUAGUAAAAUGGCUGGUUGGUGGCAUAUUUGGCCUAACUUUACUCAACCUAUCAACAGAUUUCUUUCGUGAUUACUCAGUUACUUGUUAUACUCCAAACAUCACAGCAAGGGACUAUGUUGCAUAUAUUAAUAAUUAUUGUUAUUCUAGUCUUCCACGUACAGAGUAUUUUACUCUAUUUAUCAUUGUACACGGUUUCCUUAUCAUUGGCCCACACAUACUCUGGAAGACUGCCUUUGAAUCUAAAUACAACUUCUUUUUUGAUUUGGUGAGCAGUCUGGAUCGACUGAGGGAGAGCUCAAAUGGAGAGUUUUCCAACAAGAACUUUAAAAUUGUGACAAGGCUAGAGACCGAGCUUUCAAACACAAUAAGGAUAAAGUUGUGGAGAGUAUUCAACUUUCCUCCAAUCUACUCCGGCUACUUGAUUAAACUAGUCCUCCAGUUACUAACAGCAUCUGGGUCAGUCGUCUUCAGUUUAUGCUAUUUUGUUGAUUUCUCUGAAAUGUUUGUAUGCCCAACUGCAGCUCAGGAAGAGGACAUUAUCAACGACCCAAAGAAAUGGCCGAUAGCAGAAACAGUAACGUGUGUUUAUCCGUCCCUUCGCUUCCUCUCUCUCCUUCGCUAUGGUGACCUCAUCCUCCUCUCUGCUAUUAUCCUUUCCUUGGUUUAUGGCCUCCUAUGGACUCUCCUAAGACACCCAACAGAACUAGGCAGCAAGAGAGUGGCUGAGUUCUCCUCUCAGUCUAAUCUUCAUCAUGACCUCUAUCGCCCGUCCCAGUUCUGGAGGGAUCCCUUCACCCCAAGGAUAGAGAGUGAUAUUGAUUUCUUAUUGCUGUCUCUGUUUCAAGCCAGCUCUGGUCAAGGCGUUACCUUUAAGCAGCUCCAGAUUUCCCAAGAAAUGACAAAGCAUUACAACAAGAGCAGUGAGCUCCUUCAGCUCAUUGUUAAUCACAAGUCCCAAAUGUUUAGAGCUAACAGGAAACGACUGCAAGAGAGGGCCGAGCAGCGGGCAGCAGCUGAAAGAGAGCGAAGUGAAGGAACUGAGACUGAAGUACAGUUAGUUGAGGUAGCGGAGGAGUCUGAUGUGGAUCGUGCCUCUCAGGCAACGGAAUUAUUUAGACAAGCUGGUUUCAAGUGGCCAGUGAAAAUUGAUUUCCACGGAGCUCCUCGUUUUGAAGUUGAAACUGAGCACAACAAGAGAUUCGGACUAGCAGAAGAACAAGAGAAGCCACCCAGUAAAGCUGAGAUCAAAGCAAUAGCUACUAAACUGCAUCAAGAAAGAGAGAGUUAUACUGAUUUCUUUGAGGCUCUUUUUCAAAGAACUGGAGUAGAAUCAACUGUAUCUUCUCCUACAGCUGAACAAGUGACCUUUGCACCAGAAUGUGGUCCUCAGAGAUAUGGUUUGCUAACAGAGGAAGUGACAUUAAGCCAAUGGACAGAGACACUAACUGAUUGGAGUAACCAAAGGGGCUCAAUUAGAAUAUUAGCUAAGGUCCUCAUGGAUAAAGAAAAUAAAGAUUUAGCAAGCAGGUUGCUUUCAGGUGAGCUAGGUAAUAGAAAGGAAGACAUUAAAAAAGAUAAAAGCUUUCAAAAUCGGCUCUACGGUUUCCUCCAAUUAGUAAAGUCCCAUAAAAAGGGAGGGAGGGAGUAUCGCCGACUUGCCAUUGAUAUUUCUUUUGAUGGCUUUGGCUGCUCUUUUAUUCUAGCAUGGUCUUUUGAAACUGUUUGUGUCCUGAAUUUUCAUUCUCACUAUCGAAACAACAAGAAGCAAGUGAUAGAGGACAAACUACUCAAUCAAGUUAACAUUAUCACUGUUCCUAUUGAUUAUUACUCUCUCCCUGCAAAUGAAGCAGACAAUUUUGAUGUUGCUCUUGAGGACAUAUUCUUCAUGUGUCCUCCUGAGAAUGCUGAAGAAAGAGCUGCUAGACGAAGUGGAGAAGGAGAUCAAAGUGACCAAUACAUCAAUCUCUUCACUGUGGGACCAAUCACAGAAGAAUCUAGAAAAGUUACUGUGAAUCUGUUGUUAGAAAGGUUCAAUACUGCAUCUGACAUUGCAAAGAAGUGUCUUAUGCUGGCAGUUAGGCCUCUACUGAUCAAUGGAGUUGAUGUGAGGAGUCAUUUUCUACGUUACAUACCACCAAAAGAUCUUUUUGAGCCAAUAGAAGAUGAAGAGGGUCCCAUUGCAGAAGAGCAGCAGUCAUCCAUUAGAACAAUCCUUGAUUUAAGGAAAGCAAUAGGAGAGGCUUCUUUUAUUAAAGUUGGUGACGAUGAAGGACUAACGUGUUAUUGUGGUGACGUUGAGUGUGUCAUAGAAAUGAAACUAUACAGAUACACUAGAGCAAAUUGAUCUUAAUUUAUAUAGAACAUGUAUCCAUCAUGUAGUGAUUAUCUCUGUCAUAACUCAUCAACCAUUUCUUAUGUAGAUGAAUGCUGGUUUUAAACAAAGUACACACAUGUA